AUGGAGAAGAACGAGCAAGAAACUCCAUCGGUAGCGACAGGCAACCCUGUAGUGUUUACACUGCAGCCGCCUGAAUGCUACAUGGAGAUCCGCUCAGGGUAUGGUGCUAACGGAGCUCGCGUCUCAGGGCCCGUGCGCGUUGGCGAUCCGCUCACCUUGCUUAUUUACAUGAGGAGCGCUUAUGAUGGAUUCGACAUUGUCGUGAAUGACUGCUUCGCUCACAACGGUGCAACCAAACGGAUACAGCUUAUUGAUGAAUAUGGCUGUCCAGUAGACGACAAGCUGAUCUCUCGUUUCCGCGGCUCAUGGUCGGAGUCUGGCGUGUUUGAGACGCAAGUGUACGCGUAUAUGAAGACAUUCCGGUUCACUGGGUCGCCUGCGCUUUACAUCGAGUGUGAUGUCAGAAUGUGCCACGGAAGAUGUCCUUCUCAACCAUGCCACUGGCGCAACAUGAAGAGCGUUAAGCGGCGGUCCAUUGACACGAAGCCUGGUUUGGACCCUGCCUCGAGUGUCGCUCCACGUCUCUCCGAGAACAUCUCACUGUUCCAGUCACUUAGAGUGCUGCAGGAAGGCGAGGAAGAUCCAGAACUAGCAGCCAGCACAGGCGUAGCUCCUGAAGGCCAGACUUGUAUGAGGACAUCAGCGUUGUCGGCCAUCAUGGUGUCAUGCGGAGUGCUUAUCGCUGCAUUAUGUGGAGGCGUAUUAGCGGCCGCGCGAGGGUUUAGGCGCGGAGAACCAAGAACACCCCAUCAUGCAUAUGUUCCCCAUAAAGGAAGGAUCAAAUAA